UUUUUAAGGAAGAAGCUUCGGAAAUAACCUGCCUGCAGCAAUUAGGCCUUGAAGCCUAUGCGUCACAUAAAGCAAGAUUAACGAGCUGAAGAAAAGAAUAUAGUUCGUCUCUCGUCUCUCCCCCCUAAACAUUAGUAAUAUUCCUUUGCUAAACUUCCAUCCUUCAACGAAUCAAAGUCUUAAGACUUGAAAACUUUAUUCUCACUCAACCCACUAUUCCUCUACCCUCCAAGAUAAACCAAACAAUUCCAUUUACCAGGAUGAUCUAUCAAUUCAAUCCUUCUGGAAACCUACUUCCAUUCUCUCCGAAGACGUAACUGUAACAAUGUGUAAAACCGACAACUUCUACCUAUGGCUUCUCCAGGUUGUUGGUCUCUUGGGCCUUGCUGCCCUUUGUCUAUGGCUAGCUAUGCGUCCAAAAAACCCCAGCUAUACUAUCCUGAAUCUUUCUGUCCCUGCGCUAAAUGAUAGCAAUGCAUCUGGUACAGGGAUCAUACAGUACGAGCUGGAUAUUAAAAAUCCGAACGAAGACUCUGGUAUCUACUAUGAUGAUAUCUUGUUGAUCUUUUAUCAUGGGCAAGAUAGAGUGGGGGACAAUACCAUCCCUUCUUUUUAUCAAGGGAAGGACAAAACUCGUGAAGUGCUUGCCCAUGUGAAUGUUGAGACCGGCCUGUGGAAAGCUCUUCGCAGUGCAAUACUGAAUGCAACAGCUGAAAUAAAGGUCGAUUUAUCAACAAAGAUCAAAUAUAAAACGUGGGGCAUGAAAAGUAAGCACCAUGACAUGCACAGGGAAGGGAAGGUGCCGAUAGGUAAAGAUGGCAAGAUAGCUAACAAGAAGAAGAAAGUUAAACUUCGACGUGGAUCAAAGAAAUGGAAAGUAAGGACAACUCGACUUCUCUGAAGUAUUGUCAAUCUACACCUUACCUUGUUCUUCUUUACGUAUGUAUAUAUUGCUGUAUUUUGUCACAUUUAUAUAUGUAUAUAAGAAUUAAACAA